AUGUCAAGUGGCUCAAGAAUCUCCACAGGUUCAAGCAAUCAGAGAGUAGAUAAGGACGUCCUCUGUGAUUGUGAACUCCCUUCAAGAAUUCGUACCUCCAAGACCAAAGAUAACCCUGGAAAGAAAUUCCGAGUGUGCCUUAACUCAUUGAAACCAGGGAAAAAGUGUAAAUUUUGGGAAUGGAUUGAUGAAGAACCUGAGAAUAUGAAGGCCAUUGAAGAAGAUACUCUUUCAGAUUUUGCAGAUUAUCUUAAACAAGUUUUAGAGGAUGUGGCAUCUGUUAGAGAAGAAGUGAAACAAUUGAAGACUUGUUGUGUAAUUCUUGUUUAUGUAAUGGAUGUUGAUGUACUUUAUGUUUAUGUAAUGUCAAAUGGAGGUAAAACCAAGACAAAUUACAGGAAAGAUUCUUUUAUAGAGAAUUGGAUGUAA